AUGGCGACUCUGCCAGCGGGCGUGCGGGAGAAGAAGGAGCUAUUGCAAGCAGCUCGAAAGGGCAAAGUUGAAGAAGGGAAGCAGUUGAUCCAGUCAUUGGUCCUGGCGGGUUUUCAGGGACCAGGCAAAGAUGAAGGGAUGGACUUCUGCGAGAAGCCCUACUUCCGCUCCGCCUUGUGGGAAGCCACAUGGAAGAAUUGCGAGCCCAUUGUGAAGCUUCUACUGGAGAAAGGUGCUACGAUUGACUAUGCGGACUAUCAAGGCCGAACGCCCUUGCAUGAGGCCGCCUACUAUGGGCACAAAAACCUGGUGGAGUUCCUCUUGGACAAAGGCCAUCCGAUCGACGCGCUGGACCGAUUCCAACAGACGCCCCUCUUCCGCGCGGCGCAAGCGGGUCGUUACGAGAUCGUGGAGCUUUUGGUGCAGAGAGGUGCUCAAACCGGGUUGCUCGACAGUGAUGGUGCGAGCUCACAACACUUGGCUGCCUUCUACGGCUGCCCAGAUAUGGGCAAUUGGCUGCUGUACAAAGGCUCCUGGAAGAAUCAGUUCUCGAUCCCCGAGCCCAUUGACCUCGGGACCGAGGCGCCCGAGUCACCGCCGGCCUCUCCCAGUUGA